GCGUUAAGGCAGAAGAGAAGCCGCGCGCCGUGGGACGAUGACAACGACCGCCCGAGGAACAGGAGGGGACAAGUUCCGAGAUGCAACUGUCCGAGGCUAGAGGAUAUGUAGAAGCACCCGAGGGAGGGAGCGAAAGGGGAGGUGGUAGAGAGGGGGGGGAAGGAGGAGAGGAGCGAUUUGAGCAACGAACAAGAAAAGGCGUGGCGUUGGGCGGUGGUAAUGGUCACAGUAAUGGAGGAGGUGGUGGUGGUCGGCGGAGAAGGUGUCGGUGGGACUUGACUGGUCGCGGGUUUCGGGUCAGUAAGCAAGUUGACUGGAAGAGGAGGGGGCCGCUGGCUGCUUGGGGCAGGCGGUCAGCCCAGCUCGAGGCUGGCGAUCUAGAUUCCCCAGGCCGCCGUGCAGCCUCGUUCUGAGCUGAUCUCUCGCUAUCUAUCUAUCUAUCUACUCCUUACUCCCUCGGACGGAGAGUGCUCUGUAGCUACACGGCGUACCAGCCCAGCUGGGUGUCCGAUCCCUCUCAUUCCACCACUCUUUGGGUAGGCCGGCACGGGACCCCAACCCUUGGGACAGACAAGGCACUGCUACGUAAGUACAUACCUUUGCCCAGCCAACCCCCCAAGCUGACUGGCGCAUCCUCCCCCAACCGUC